CGCCUCCUCCAUCUCCCCGGCUCUGAUUCAAUCGCCUCCUCCAUCUCCCCGGCUCUGAUUCAAUCGCCUCCUCCAUCUCCCCGGCUCUGAUUCACAGACUUCUGCCCAGUCCUGGCACCGACUCCCCUCGCCCUGCUGCGUGGCGCCUGAGCCCACAGUCCGUGCAGAGGAAGUCACUGUGAGCAUUAACAUCUAAUAAUGAGCGUCCUUCCUCCAGUGCGUAGGGACAGGAUUGUGGCAGAGUUACCUCAGUGCUUCAGAAAAGAGGCAUGUCUGCACACCCGAGAGUCCUUUCAUUCUAAAGUCACCAGUGCCUGCAAGCAGCAACGUACAGGGACCGUGGGAUAUAAGAUCUCCAAAGUGAUUGUGGUUGGUGACCUGUCAGUAGGAAAGACAUGUUUGAUAAAUAGGUUUUGUAAAGACACAUUUGAUAAGAAUUAUAAAGCAACAAUUGGAGUGGACUUUGAGAUGGAGCGAUUUGAAAUUUUAGGGGUGCCAUUCAGCUUGCAGCUGUGGGACACAGCAGGACAAGAGAGAUUUAAAUGCAUUGCUUCUACGUAUUACAGAGGGGCCCAAGCUAUAAUCAUUGCCUUCGAUCUGACUGAUGUUUCCUCUUUAGAACACACCAAGCAGUGGCUGCAAGAUGCACUAAAGGAAAAUGACCCUUCGUCUGCACUCCUUUUCCUAGUUGGAUCGAAAAAGGACCUCAGUCCCCCAGCUCAGUAUGCACUUAUGGAAAAAGAUGCCAUAAAGGUUGCAAAGGAAAUGCAGGCCGAGUACUGGUCUGUGUCCUCACUAACUGGGGAAAAUGUGAAGGAAUUCUUCUUCCGUGUGGCUUCCUUAACCUUUGAGUCCAGUGUGCUGGCAGAGCUUGAGAAGACUAAUGCUAGAAGGAUUGGGGAAGUUGUGCGCAUAAACAGCAAUGACAGAAACCUGUACCAAUGCAGCAAGAAAAACAAGACCAACUGCUGCCAGUGAAUCCUUUCUGCUGCCAUAUCUGAUAUUUGCACUCCGCAUCUGAAGACCAAAGUAUUUUAUAGACUUUUGGGGGGGGGGGGGGGGGGAGAGAAGCAAUCAAUCCAGCGCCCUGCAGCUCUGCUCUGUUCUAGGAGAUGGCCAAGGAUUUUCUAAUGGAUAUAUACUAAUACCGGUACAGUCAAAGAGGACUGCAGCACAUUGCUGGACAAAGAGCCACAAUGGACUGCAGUGAUCAUAAAGUUAUGCUUAUAAUUCAUCAUUGUAUAUUAUCAUAUAUUUUAACACAUUCACACUUUGACAUUCAAAAUGACAUACUUUAUUUUUUGCCAGAGCCCUAAGGGUGAAGAAACACAGAGCUACUAGUAGCAGCUACUUGUCAUGGCUACGAAAAUAGACAAUGCUGAUCAUUUACUGAUUAUUGUCUCUACGUGUGUUUUAGCAGAGGCAAUUCUCAGUAUUGUCUAUGGCAGGGGAUUUUCUGGAGUUUAGUAGCCAUGACAAGUAGCUGCUGCUAAGUAGCUUUGUGUGUCUUUGCUCUAAGGACUCUUAUAAAAUCAUUUUAGGGCCCCAAAACUUUGGCAAUAAGACUUUUUUUUUUUUUAAUUAAAAAAGUGGGUUUUCAGAGUUUAGUGUGUGUUUUUCCACUGCUGUUACAUCAAAGGCCCAAAAGUGGAGUCGAUAGCAUUUGAAUAGAUUAGAAUUGGUUAGCCGAUGUGCUUACAUGUGCUCAUGCCUGUAUCAAACUCAUGUUAAACGCAGACAUUUUAACUCACCCACAUUUUUCAGGAUUUACCAUGCAAACGCAUGAGGAAAAAGCCUGCGUGCACAGGGGAUGGAUACUCAGCCGGAGUUUAUCUGAAGGCCAAGAAUCUGCCCCAUGUGGCUUCAGCCUAAGGCCUUGUGGCUACUCAUAAAAGUAACUGGUGGCUAGCUGCAAUAUGACUUAGUACCUCUGCCAGACGCAUUGUCAACAAUUUUUCAUGCCAUUCACCAUCCACCUUCAUUAGCCAUCUUCUCUUGUUAAUAAUAAUGCACCCAGGCCUUGUGUCUAGUAUUAAUAUAUUCAACUGCAAAGCAACUUAAUUGGACUCACACUGCCCAUGUGUUCAGUUACUCUUGAAAGUAUAUUCCAAUUGGCUGACUGAUUCCUGAGGAUAGUAAUUAAAAAUGUAAACUAUGCAAGAUUAUCCACAGCCUUAAGUUAUAUAUAUUGUUUACAUGGAGUAUAUCAUCUCCUCAUUGGUACUCCCCAUCUGUUUAACCCUUUGCCUGCUACAGGGGCUGGUCCCUCUGGCAAUAAAGGGGUUGAACUUUUAUAUACUAAAUGUUAAAAGAUGCAUUGAUCUUAAAUAAAAUUCUGAAAUAUUUCAUAAA